AUGGCCGUUUCGGGGCCGCUCUUCCUGUUCGCCUCGACCGUGUUCUGCUACUUCGACUUGAUCCUGGCUGUCCAACGGGUCGUUCUUGUGUUCUGCAACAGAGACUACCACUACCUCGUCACAGGGUCUCUUUGGAAGUUUCUAUUUUGCAGAUGGGAGUUUUGAAAAAACAUCUGAAAAUACUAACAGUUUUUCUCUUCAACUUUGAGCCAGUCUUUUUCAAAAACGAAGAAGUUUUACAGGUUGAAACUUUCAGCUUCAUCCGGUACAUGUAUAAAUUCUGAGAAAUUAUCACUAAAAAGAGUGAAAUAAUCGUGAUUUUGAGUUUUUAGGCGCUUUCUGAAAUAUUACGUCUACUCCAUUUGGAUGACGUUUCCUGUUUUCUACCUCUACAAAUAUGGUUGCUAACAAGUAGAUUAAAAAAAUGUUCGUUUUCCAAACUUUUUCCAGGAUACUGUUUUGAAAACUUCUGUGAUCCGAAGUUCUCGUGUGAUGGGAAUCCGAUGGGUUACAAAUUAACACACGUACGUGAGAAUCUUUUUUUUCGAUUAAAAUCUUCGAAUAAGAGAUUUCAAGGAUCUCUGCAAUAAAAGUAUCUGCAACGGCUCUGAAUCGAAAUAGAGUUUCUUUUCAAGGAAAAAGAGUUCAGAUCUACGAAAUCAGCCUUUAUUUGAUGACACUGGUGACGGUGAUCUGCUACUCGAUCAUCUACCGAAGAAUCACGCGUUUCACUCAAAUAUCGACGGACAGCCACUCCUUCGAAAAGUUCAUUGUUCUGCAAGCCUUGCCCAUGACUACCAUCAGAACGGUACGCGAAUCGGAGACGUCUCAUGGCACAAAAGUAGAGAAGAACAGCUGUUUUCGGGAUAAUCAGCAAAAAACCUUAAUUGUGCUCCAUGGAAAAUCUGUGACGCUUUUAUAUAUUUCAAACUUAAUAAGUUUGAUCUAUUAUUUUCAUCAACGGUUGCAUAAAAGUUUAUUCUAUUCUUUUUUUUCUAUUCAACCUGAGCACGUUUAUAGACAAAAAGUAGCUGAAGUUUUGAUAUCUUUCUAACAAAUCAGUAGAAACUUGAUAUAAAACAAAAAUGGAAUUUUUGGGAUUUUCUUCUUUUUUUCUGAAGGCUUAUUCAUUGAACAAAUCUCGAAAUGGAUUUGAAUUCAAUGAGUACAAAAACCCCAAUAAUCUAACUUUUACUCGGGAUUUUUUUCAAGAAGACGUAUCUGAGUUUGCAGAUUCGAGAAAUAGCCGUGCUUGGAAUCGCGAUAAUUCACUAUUGGAAGAUCGAUCUUUCCUACCCGAUCAGCUUCUUGGGAAACGAGUUCGAAGCUCUUUGCAUAGGAUAUUACGUCGACGUCGCUACUCUGGCCAUCGUCGUCCCUUUAUCUUUCAUUCUGAACAAAAGAAACUACUCUCGAGCUAAAAAUUUCAUUAAGAACCAAGCCUGAAAAUUCUGUUUUGAUUGGCUGCAGCCAAAAAAAUUGUAUUGUUUUCAUUCGUUAAAUACACUUAUCCAAAACUUCAGUGGUACUCGUUAUUUUAUCGUGCUGAACUUUCAAUUGGAUGAACAAUAUUUUUUAUGAGAUUUAAUUUUGAGUAGUGAUUAUUGAAUGAAGUGUCAAGUUAUAGGCAGUUCAGUGAACUAUUUAUCAUAAUUUGAAUUUCAGGGGUCGCGCGAACGCAACCCCACACGCAAAAAUUAAGCUGUUGGCGAAUCUCAACUCGAGACUGCCACACAGGUCAGCCCGACCAGAAGUGCAAUGGUCAGGCCUCGCCAUGGAGUUUCCGCCUUCGGGAUCGCGAAAUCCUCCCAGCCAGGUAAGUUUAUGAGCCGUCCAGCGGCGGCGACCCCAUGCCAGCGCGCAUCCGACUCGGGACGACUUGCGCGCGAUGACCUCUUUGACCAUUGCUGCCAAAUACGUCUCAUUAUUUUUAUUUUCCCUCGCGUGAUUCUCAACUUCUAGGAAUUAUGUCAUCUCUAUAUUUCACAUUGAAUUAGGAUGACCAAACGUUUUUGGAACUAGGAAAAUUUUCAACUUUCGCUAUAAAAAUACUAUUUGAACUUCAAGAAGAGCUCUGACGGAUUUCUGAAGUUUUUUGACUUUUUGUUUCGCGAGAUUCUGCUUGACGAUGUGAGUAGAGUCAAGCCAGCACUAGAGCCACCGACGCCAAGGACGACAGGAAGGUAAAGUCUUCUGAAAUGUCAUGGAGACCCUGCAGAAGACGUGUCUUUGUUUCAAAAAUCGGAGAGAAGAGCUUUUCUUGUGAAAACUCAGUUCGAUCGCUAUCGUUCUUUGUGGUCUAGUCGACCAUUCACCUCAUUCGUGAUAUUUGGUUCAUCAACCACCCAAAAUAACAAACCAAGUCGUCGUUAAACACUGCGCUCUUCUGUCUCUCUGUGUCCCUCUUUUGUGUUCUGUUUUUCGCUGAUUUUGCUGUUUUUCCCCCAGAUAGUUUGAUUUUAGACUUUUUAAACCUUAAAGUUAGAAUCUUGAUAAUAUAAUCAUUUUUGAAGUGAAGAUUUAAAGCUUUGAAAAACUCACAUAAUCCAUAGAAAUUUGCUAAACGGGCGUCACGAAUUGAAGGUGAUUUUAUAAUGCGCUUUCUACUUUUAGAACUAAAUCAUCCAGCCAAAAAUACCUGAAUAUAUUGAGAAUGACGUCAACAAUAAAAGAGCUGUUCGAAGAAGUUGCCCCUCCCGUGGAUACUCAGCACGCCAAAGUGACGGUUGUCGGCGUCGGACAAGUUGGAAUGGCUUGUGCCUACAGUAUCCUGCAGCAGGUUGGAACUUCCCUUUUUGUCGAGCAAAUGUUCUUCGAAGGAACGAGAUAUCCGAAAACUGUUCAUUCCAUUCAGAACCUCGCGAACGAAAUUUGUUUGGUGGACAUGGUGGAAGAAAAGCUGAAAGGAGAAAUGAUGGACCUGCAACACGGGCUCUCCUUCACUCGACAUUGCGUCGUCAAGGCAGACACCGGUUUUCUUUCUUCACAUUACCUCUUUAUCAAUGUUUAGCCAAAAUAUGAAUAAAUAAGUGACUCAAACUUUGAAAACUUCAGACUACAAUAUAACCGCAAAUUCGAAACUAUGCGUGAUUACUGCUGGAGCCAGACAAAGGGAGGGAGAAACGCGGUAUCCUCUUUUUUUUUUAUUUUUUUUAUUCCUUAAGUUAUGUAUCUGACCACAAAAAAUGUUCAAGAGUAUCGAGAAAAAAAUUAUUUGAGAUGAAAAAAUGCUUCCAAUUUUGUCGGACAACAAUAAAGUCGGUUGAUUUUUGAAGCUGAUUUCGAAUUUUGUUUUCAUAUUUCAGCCAGUUUUAUAUCAGUGUGUUUAUUCAUAAUCUCACAGGUUGAUAUUGUUUCAAUGAAUUUUCAGCCUCUCUCUGGUACAACGAAACGUAGAAAUCUUCAAAAAAAUAGUGCCCAAUCUCGUGAAACACUCGCCGGACACCUUGAUCUUGGUAGUGUCGAAUCCAGGUUUAACAUUUUCUCAAUUCAAAAACUUGAAAGGAAAUUUCUGCUACAGUGGAUGUGUUGACCUAUGUCACCUGGAAACUUUCCGGGCUUCCAAAAGAGCGAAUUUUCGGAUCCGGCACAAAUUUGGACUCUGCAAGGUUGGCAAGGAAGUUUUCGCCUAACAAAAAAUCCUAGAUUCCGUUUCCUCCUAUCAGAAAAACUGAAAAUCGCACCAUCUUCAUGUCACGGUUGGAUCAUCGGAGAACAUGGCGAUUCCAGCGGUUUGAGAUUCUUUUUUAGUAUUUACCUAGAACUACCUAGCUCUGUUUUUUUAAUCAUUCAUGCUUAUUUUUCUUCAACACCUUAUUGGAUUCACGAAUUUUAGUAGCCGUUUGGUCUGGAGUCAACGUCGCCGGAGUGAAUUUGCAUGAGGUUUUCCCCGAUAUCGGCCAGACAUCCGACGAAGAGCAUUGGGAAACGAAAAUUCAUCAGAAAGUUAUUGAAAGGUGUGAUGAUUGAAUACUCCGUGACCUCCCUGUUCAGCGCCUAUGACGUCAUCAAGUUGAAAGGCUACACAUCUUGGGCGAUAGGAUUGUCUGUCGCGAAAAUCGCUCAGGGAAUUCUGAGCAACUCUCGCAAUGUCUUCGCCCUGUCGACCAACGUCAAAGUCAGUAGACGACUUAAUUUCAGAAAACGGGCUCAUUUUCAGGGUCUCCACGGGAUUUCAGAAGAUGUCUAUCUUUCCCUUCCUGUCGUCCUUGGCGCUGGUGGCAUUACUCACGUCGUCAAGCAGAAUCUCGAGAAACAAGAAGUAGAAAAGCUUCACAAAUCCGCCAAAGCUCUACUUUCCAUACAAAAUAAUAUCACUUUUGAAUAA